AUGGCUACAAUUCUGCACCAGGCCUACAUUGGUACCUAUGCCAGCGACACCGAAACCGUCAUCAUUUGGUCCGAAAAUGGCGUCCUCCACAUCAAGCAGCGCAAUGCGCCUGGAGAUGAGGAGUACCUCAUCGAACAGCACCCGGUCACUUGCUUGGGUUGGCCUGCGAAUCUGUUCCCCGUGGGACGAUUGGCUCCCAAUCUAUGCAAAAUUCGCCCUAAACAUCAUAAGGGCAGCGCAGGCCACAUGGUCACCUUCUUUCGUUCCGCAUCUGCUCCCGACAUGAUCGAGAAGUUCUACUGGAGAACCAAACGCACUUCCAAGACGAUGUGCUUCAUCAGGGACAACAGCUCACCGUUGAUCCGCCUCCCGAACGAACUUCAAAAGUUCAUCUACGACUACGUCCUCUCGACCGAUAACAUCCUGGAGGGGGACCUUCAUCUAUUUGAAGAACAUGGCGUAUUCCGCUUCGCAGAGACAGCUGUGAUGCCUUUCGGUAGUGAGCGCAAGCGGUUUGAGGGUGAUACCUCUACUCUCCCUUUGGGUUUCAACAAUUUGCAGUAUGUCUGCAGGCACAUUAGGGCCAUGACAAGAGGUCUAGACCUCCACAACAACCACAUCAAGUGCCAUGGAUGGACAUUCGAUUCAUUUCACCGCAAUCUCAUCAACGCAUCCCUCCUGUCUAGCAUCCGAAAAGUCACCCUGUAUGGUGACUUCACUCUUGGACAUUGUCCGGACGAAAACGUCCUCCAUGGUCUCAUCAAGUUCGGGUUCGACCACCCCAAGGCCACCAUUAACAUUCACGUGGAGGCCUGGCAGCCACAGGGUACCAACGAGACUACCAUGGGCAGCUUCAUGUCUAUGGCUUACUGCAUUCGCGAAGCCAUCCGGGGUGAAUUGAGGCCAGCGUGGUCCUCGGGCAACGACAAGAGGCUGAGGGCUUGGAUGAGGAACAAGGCCCAUGGUGCGCUGAAUGCACCAAAUGUCAAGUUCUUCCCGUAUCGCUCCCCGAACUGUACGGAUGCACAGUGGUGCCAUCCCAAGGUCUUGAACAUUUUGUUCAACGGCACGGAUAGGUACACCCCCUUUGUGAACGGACAUGUUGGCACCCUGCACCUGGUUUAUACGGUGAGGAGUUGGUAUUUGGCUGGGAUCUAG